AUGAUCACUGUCGAGGAUGUCCCAAAAAGGCCUAGUCCUCGUCAUGAACGAGAGAAGAAGAGUCUUCUGAAGCGGAUGAGCAAGCAUCACGGAAAAUGGGAUACAAACCACCCUCGCCAUCGAUUAUUGGAGGCUCUCUUCGGGUUCUCCAGGUACAAGUCGAGACAAAUGACUGAACUCGAUCGUUUAAGGGGAUUGUACAAGCACGUCACCAAAGCACAGGAGAAGUUACUAGAGAAGGCAAUUGGCUACUCAAAAAAGUUUGACCAAGUAGAACAGCUCAUCAACGUCAACCAGGCACUGUGCGAUGGCAUCGUCGACACUGCUCUCGACUAUUACGGACUCUCGCAUGAGGAGCUCGUGCAGCACAGCAAAGCGAAGGACAAAGCGGGCCAACUGGCUGAAAAGGUCAGCGUCUCUCAGGCGCUGAUGCACUUUGUCCGUGACUGGUCAACCGCUGGCCAGGGAGAGCGGGAGGAUGCUUUCCCCUGCAUUCUCGAUACCCUGCAGUCUCUCUUCCCUGAAGAGUCUCGUACAAACGUUCGGGCUCUUUUCCCUGGUUCAGGAAUUGGUCGUUUAGCCCAUGAAGUCGCCUCCUUGGGUGGGUUUGAGGUUACAAUGAACGAGUGGUCAUCUUUCAUGAAUAUUGCAUACCGAUUCUUAGAAACUCACCAAGAGGCCGAGAUGAGAUCAUUUCAUCCUUUCGUGAAUAGUUGGUCACAUCAUGCGACCACAGCAGACAUGCUUCGGCCAGUCUCAUUUCCAGAUAAGCUGGUAAAUGCAAGCACAGUACUUCUGGUUGAGGGCGACUUCACGUCCAUCUUUAAACACAACGAAGGAGAAUACGACGUGAUAGUCACACAUUUCUUCAUCGACACGGCAAGGAACUUUAUGGCAUACCUGGACACCAUACGCUCUCUUCUAAGAACGGGUGGCUAUUGGGUCAAUUGCGGGCCCUUGCUUUGGGGUACCGGCCCUUUUGUUCAACUAUCGCUGGACGAAAUCGUUGAAGUCACGAAGAGUACUGGGUUUGAAUUUCUGGAAUCUAAAAAGGCCUGCGGAGGAGUAACACUUCGAGGGGAGAAGGUUAGGGGCAAGAAAGCAUUGUAUGGGUUUGACUCCAAAGCACUCACGACUAAUGCUUACCUGGCUCAGUCUUGGGUAGCAAAGAAGGCUUAG